GGUCUGGGUCUGACGUAGUGGACGGUGGGGAUUUUGUCCCUACUCGGCUCCUGUGCCCUGGCUUCCCCGGGUGUUCUGAUCUCUGACCCUCAGCCAUCGAUCUUCAUCAGCAAAGGUCCUCGGUCCAGUGUAGGAAGCUUUUCCCGAGUCGCCUGCCGCCCCUGCUCUGGGGGGCAGCGGCCACAUUGUCUGCCUGCCUGCUGGGGAUUUGGGCUACUUGUGCAGCCGGUGGGGCUCUCGGAGAAGCCCCGGUCUCACCCUGACCCGUCGAGGCUGCUUGGGACCUGGUUUUUCACACCCCAUGUGCAGCUGUGGACCCAUCAGGGCUCGUGACCUCUGGUGUGGCCAGCAUCACCCUGAGGCAGGCUGGCUGGGAAGGCACCCCAGAGCCUCCUGCAAAGGACUUGUUGCCAGGACGUGUCCUGGGAGCCGGGUUCUAGGCGUGCCAACAGGGCUGAGCAGCCUGAGCCCGCCUGAGCGCCAGCACUGGACAUUGUGGGGCCCAUGCUGACCGUCCUGGGGGUCAGUCAAUAUGGCUGCCUCAGCGAAGGCCCCAGCGCCGGAGGAGCCCAGGGGGAGACCUCUCCUCUCCUGGGCCUCAUUCUUGGGGCCCCGGAGCGAGAAGCUGGUGCUGAGCAGGGCGGAGGGGGCGCCCGAGGAGGCAGUGCUCACCAUUACCAUCACGGAGAGCACCGCCCUGGAGUCCGACCUGGGCGCCUGGAGCGCCCGCGCGCUCGUCUACCUCAGCCUCUGGUUCUUCUUCAGCUUCUGCACCCUCUUCCUCAACAAGUACAUCCUGUCCCUGCUGGAGGGCGAGCCCAGCGUGCUGGGUGCCGUGCAGAUGCUGUCCACCGCCUGCAUCGGCUGCGUGAAGGUCUUCGUGCCCUGCUGCCUGUCUCAGCACAAGGCCCGCCUCUCCUACCCGCCUAACUUCAUUCUGACCAUGUUGUUUGUGGGCCUGAUGAGAUUCGCAACGGUCGUUUUGGGCUUGGUCAGCCUGAAGAAUGUGGCGGUUUCCUUUGCUGAGACUGUGAAGAGCUCGGCCCCCAUUUUCACCGUCAUCAUGUCCCGCAUGAUUCUGGGGGAGUACACAGGCUUGCUGGUCAACCUCUCCCUUAUCCCCGUCAUGGGCGGGCUGGCUCUGUGCACUGCCACCGAGAUCAGCUUCAACAUUCUGGGCUUCUCGGCUGCGCUGUCCACCAACAUCAUGGACUGUUUGCAGAAUGUUUUCUCAAAAAAGCUCCUCAGUGGGGACAAGUACCGGUUCUCGGCUGCAGAGCUCCAGUUCUACACCAGCGCCGCGGCCGUGGCCAUGCUCGUCCCUGCCUGGGUCUUCUUCAUGGACUUGCCUGUGAUUGGUCGGAGCGGGAGGAGCGUCAGCUACAGCCAGGACGUGGUGGCGCUGCUGCUGUUAGACGGUGUCCUGUUCCACCUGCAGAGCGUCACGGCCUAUGCGCUCAUGGGCAAGGUCUCGCCUGUGACCUUCAGCGUGGCCAGCACCGCGAAGCACGCCCUGUCCAUCUGGCUCAGCAUUCUCAUCUUCGGCAACAAAGUCACCAGCCUGUCAGCCAUUGGCACCGUCCUGGUGACAGCAGGUGUCCUGCUCUACAACCGAGCCAAGCAGCACCAGCGGGAGGCCAUGCAGAGUCUUGUCACCACCACCAGCCACUCCACAGAGGAGGACAGCAAGCUGCUGGGCCCUAAGGACCCCAGGCCUGGGCACCAAUGAUCAUAGGUCCAGGGAGGAGCCCCUUUAAGUGUGACAGAGCCUCACUCAUGGCGGACAAAUGGGCACCGUCAGUCCCUCCGCUCCUUUCUCAGGACUUGGCCCACAGCAGCUGGAACUCACUUCAGGGCCCAAAUGGCUGCAGUGGAUACCAGUGUUGCCGGGCUGUGUCCCCGAGGGCCAGAGGUCUGAGACAGGCUGUCCCACAUCCUUGUGACCACGGGGGACGUCCCCACUGUCCUGGGAAAACAGCCAACUCCCACUGCUGAGGGUGGGAGGUGGGCACACGUGUCACUCCUACUAGCCAGGGUCCUUGCUGUGCCAGCUCCUCCUGCUUCCCCGCCUUGCCUGUGGCCCAGGAGGGUGAGGAUGUACCAGGGCAGCCUCUUGGGGCAUGUGUGAAACUCUCAGAAGCCUCAGCUGGCCAAAGUCAGCCUUGUUUCACCCUUCAUACAGGAGUGUCUGGAAGAGCAUUUCCUCCUGUCUGCUGCUUUUCAGGUGACUUGGGCACAGAUGGGUCUGAAAGUGUGGGUUCAUCCACUUUGAGCCACAGCCCUGCGAGAGACCCUGACCUGUGCAGUUGUGUCCUCACCUCAUCCCUGUCGCCAUAUCUCUCAGCAGAACACCAUCGUCACUUCAGGUCUUUGCAACCCUCCAUCCAUGAGCUUGAGUUGAGGACUCUCAUGCGGCCUGAUGCAGUGCACCAGGUUUGUGCCAGCACUCAGGCUGAAGGGUCACAAGCCCUGCCUUCCUCAUCUCGGUCCUCACAUCCCUGCUGUCCACUCUGAGGGCCCGAACCUGCUCCUUGGCUUCCCAGUUGGCCUCCCCACUGGGAAAGACAGCCCUAGUUGCUCCAGGAAACCCAGUGUGUCAGGAACGGAGCAAUAACCUCAGCUUAAAGUCCUGCCUCUUGGGAAAAGUGUGCCAUGAUGAUGGAUUACAGUAAGCCCUUGAACUGCAAAAAACGCUUCCUUGGCAGCACGCCCUGAAUCUGGUCAGUGCCUGCAGCCUGCCAUGUCCUUUGCCCUGAGGCCCCUGACACUCUGCGGCUUCUUACCUUUCCCCUCCCGGAUCUAUGGAAGGUCUUGGGGUGUGGUGUGGUUCCAUGAGACUCAGAGAAGGGCAACUUCCCACAGGCUGCUGAACUGGGCUCAGAAGGGGUGUUUGGAGGCCCCCCCACACCCAGAUUCUUACGUCUGUGGGGAUCCCAGGUUGUCAUGGUGGUGGUCCACAAACUUGUACUCUCAAAAGCUUUUUGCAGCCCGUUUGAUUUUCUUUUUUUUUUUUCUAUUUUGAUUUUUUUUUUAAAUUUUUGGACUGGAAACAAAACUAGGAUUCUUGUAGAAAUGUUCUCAGUAAGGCAGUUUUCCUGAAAAACUGCUUUUGUGAUUUUUUUCUUGCCCGGUGGAAGACCACAGAGCCCCUGGCCGACUCAGGCCAACAUCCAUCUUUCAGACUUGCUGCCUCUGAGCUGGCUGCUGCUCUGUUCCUGGACAGCCUGAGUAGGGUUGGUCCCCAUGUCCUAUGACUUUGCAGACAGGAUACUGUCACACACUGUUGCAGAUCACACAAGCAUUGACACUGGCUGUCAAACUUGCACUGGCUCAUUCCUUUGUCUGUCCUUGUCUGUGCCUUUGUAAACACUUCAGCCACAUUUCUGAAUUGGGUCUUCAGCUCACUGAAAUGGAAACUGCAGGUGGAUGCAGCUCUCAUCAUCAAAGGAUUGCCCAACUAGUAAAUGGUGUUUAAUUUU